AUGAAUGCAAUGAAUGUAAAAACAAAAAUGUAUCGUAUACCUUUGUCGCUAUAUUGGGAAAAAUAUUGGCAUCCAUGGCCCAUAGGAAUAUUAGCUACAUUUCAAUUAAUUAUGGCAUUUACAACUAUUAGUAUGGAAAUUGGUAAUGCAGUCGUAGACUUAUUUAGAGCUAAUGUUUAUUCAGGUUUUUGGUCGUUUCCAUUUAUGAUUUCAGCAACAAUUGCUACAUAUGCAUGUGUUUGUGCAACAAAGACACAAACAAAAGCAAUCGUUGCAUUGAUUCUUCAAAUAAUAUCAAUGUUAGUCAUGCUUGUUGUCAUAGGUUUUUUAAUAACUUUUAUUGCUACUAAUUUUACAUUAUGUUUGGGAUUUCAAUGUUUUCAAACAUCAUCGUCAUCGCAUUCAUCGUCAACUUACACUACUAUUAAACAAGUUUUUAUUGUAUGUGAACUUGUUUUUUCAAUUAUUUAUACUAUACUUUCAAUAAUCUAUAUAAUUCUUUUUAUAAAAUGUUAUAACAAAAUAUCGCGUAUUCAUCCUAUAGUUCAUUCUUUACCUGUAUCAAGCGGUAUUAGUAAUAAAACAUUAACAAACUUUUCACGUUCACGUCAAUCUGGAUCAGUAUCAACUAUCAGUAAUAAUCGAUCUAAUAUAAAUGAACAAGUACGUCUUGUGUCUUCAACAUAUGCAUAUAAUGGUGCACAAAAAGUAUGUCCAAAUUGUAAACAUGUUUCAUCUUAUAUGCCACAAGAAAAUAUUAUUGAAUGUCCAAAAUGUGGAUAUCAAUCAAAUUUAGUUGAACAUGCACAACAAUAUUAA